UUACCUUCUUUGCCAACGCCACUUCGUCCGGCGAUGCAUCAAACAGUGAUUUCCAGGCCCUCCUUUGCCUCAAGCAACAUUUUGCUAACACCAGUGCAGCCCUGGGCUCUUGGAGGAGCACUGGGUCCCUUGACCAUUGCACUUGGCCUGGUGUCACAUGCAGCAGGAGCCAUGCAUCUCGUGUGACAGGCCUGGACCUGGAGAUGGCCGGCCUUGAUGGCCAGCUACCACCCUGCAUCGCCAUCAGAGCAGAAAGUGAUGCAGCAACCUUGAUUUCUAAACGCAUCAAGCUAUCUUCUUCUUGCCUAUAAAUUCAUGUAUGCUUCUACUGAAGUGAUCACUACACAAAGCCCAUCCAUGCCUGUGAAUAUGAUGCCCAAGUCUCCAGCAGGAGGCCACAGUUGCUACUGCUCUCUGAGCUUCUCACUGGUCCCAACCAUUUUCGUCCUAACCUACUUUACCUUCUUUGCCAACGCCACUUCGUCCGGCGAUGCAUCAAACAGUGAUUUCCAGGCCCUCCUUUGCCUCAAGCAACAUUUUGCUAACACCAGUGCAGCCCUGGGCUCUUGGAGGAGCACUGGGUCCCUUGACCAUUGCACUUGGCCUGGUGUCACAUGCAGCAGGAGCCAUGCAUCUCGUGUGACAGGCCUGGACCUGGAGAUGGCCGGCCUUGAUGGCCAGCUACCACCCUGCAUCGCCAACCUCACACUGCUCACAAGAAUCCACCUCCCAUUUAAUCAGCUGACAGGUGAAAUCCCAGCUGAGCUCGGUGACCUGCGCCACCUGAGCUAUCUGAACCUCAGCUCAAACCACCUGUCUGGUAAGAUACCGAAUUCUCUGUCUUCCUGCCGGCGCCUUCAGAUUAUCGAUCUCGGUAUCAACUCCCUUAGUGGUGAGAUCCCAGCAGGCUUGAACAAUUGUAUGGAUCUUCAGGUGAUCUACUUGGAUCAUAAUAAGCUGUAUGGAAGCAUCCCAGAAGGGUUGGGCAUGCUCCCUAACCUUUCAGAAUUGACACUUGCAAGCAAUAACCUGACAGGCAGCAUUCCGUUUUCACUAGGGAGCAGCCCAUCACUCAGUCUUCUUUCGCUCCCUGAUAAUAGGCUCACUGGAGGCAUCCCGCCACUCCUAGCAAACAGUUCAUCACUUAGAUUUUUGGCCCUAACAAACAAUGAUCUCACAGGGCAGAUUCCUCCAGCUCUGUUCAAUAGCACCCAACUUGAAGUCAUGGGUCUGGCAGGGAACCAAUUUUUUGGGUCUAUCCCAUCUAUCCCAAACAUCUACUCACCACUGAAGUAUCUUGUCCUGUCCCAGAAUAAUCUCUCAGGCAUUAUACCCUGCACCAUAGGAAACUUUUCUGAUCUUGUCUGGCUACUUCUUGCAGAGAAUAACUUCCAUGGAGACAUUCCAUUGAGCAUAGGUACAAUUCCCUACUUGGAUUCACUAGAUCUGACCAUCAACAAUUUGUCACGAACAGUUCCACCCUCUAUUUAUAACAUGUCAGAACUCACUUACCUUGGCAUGGGUACCAACCGCCUGGUUGGAGAAAUUCCGGAAGGCAUUGGGCAGACCCUUCCAAGCAUCCAAACAUUGAUUAUGCAGGGAAACCGAUUCCAAGGAAGCAUACCAUCGUCACUAGCCAAUGCCACAAAUCUGCAGGUAAUUAAUCUCCGUGACAAUGCACUCCAUGGCAUUGUUCCUUCUUUUGGGCUACUACCAGACUUAAGUAUACUAAUGCUAGGCCAGAACCAGCUGGAAGCUGGAGAUUGGUCUUUCAUCUCCUCAUUGACCAACUGCACAAAAUUGAGGGAAAUAUAUUUAGACAACAACAACUUGGAAGGAAUGUUGCCAAGCUCCAUCACUAGUCUUUCAAAAAGCUUAGAGAUUCUAUAUUUGACUGCAAAUAAAAUAUCUGGUACCAUACCACCGGGAAUAGGAUACCUCACGAACCUCACACUUCUUCAAAUAGAGAGCAACUUGCUCACAGGAAAUAUUCCAGAAACACUUGGAAAUCUUUCAAAUUUGCUUGUCCUGAGCUUAUCACACAACAAACUUUCUGGGAAAAUCCCACUUUCAAUUGGUGAACUAAGUAAAUUGACUGAGAUGUAUUUGCAAGAAAAUGAUUUGAGUGGAUCCAUCCCUAGAUCACUAGGAGAAUGCAAAAAUUUGGUGACUUUGAACCUUUCUUGUAAUACCCUCGAAGGAAACAUACCAAAAGAGAUUUUUUAUCUUUACUCCCUCUCAGAAUGCUUAGACUUGUCUCACAACCAUCUAUCUGGUCAUAUACCACUGGAAAUUGGUGGCCUGGUUAAUCUUGGACCUCUCAACAUUUCCAAUAAUCAAUUAUCCGGAGAAAUUCCCUCCACUCUAGCUAAUUGCCUUCACCUAGAGUCUCUCCACAUGGAGGGCAACCUUCUUGAUGGGAGGAUACCAGAAUCAUUUAUGAACUUGAGAGGCAUAAUUGACAUGGAUCUAUCGCGAAACAACCUCUCUGGUGAAAUUCCAAAGUUCUUUAAGUCCUUCAGUUCUUUAAAGAUUCUAAAUUUGUCCUUCAACAACCUUGAGGGACCAGUACCAACAGGGGGUAUCUUUUAUAAUGCAAGUGAGGUGUUUGUACAAGGGAACAAAAAACUAUGUUCAAAUUUCCACUUGCUACAGUUGCCAAAUUGCUACACAUUAGGCUCCAAAAGAAAGCAUAAUCUCCACAUUGUGAUGGCAGUGGGACUUGCUACUCUAGCCUUGUUCUUUUUGUCAUGUUUACUAGCUGUUGUUUCGAGAAAGACAAAGAGGGCAAAAAAACAAGCACUCUUAUCCACGAAGGAGUUGAAAAGAGUCUCCUACUCUGAUCUACUCAAAGCAACAAAUGGAUUCUCAUCAGCUAACUUGAUCGGUUCAGGAAAGUAUGGAUCUGUCUACAAAGGUAGAUUUGAUUCUGAAGGACAUGAAGUUGCUAUAAAAGUUUUCAAACUUGAUCAACUUGGUGCACCCAAAAGCUUUAUUGCAGAGUGUGAAGCCCUGAGGAACACUCGACAUCGUAAUCUAGUGAAGGUCAUUACUGCAUGCUCAACAUCUGACACAACAGGGAAUGAGUUCAAAGCUCUUGUCCUCGACUACAUGGCUAAUGGUAGCCUAGAGAGCUGUCUCUAUCCAAAAUUGAACAAAUAUGUUUUAGAGAAACCAUUGAGUUUGGGCUCUAGAAUAACAAUAGCAGUGGAUGUAGCAUGUGCCUUGGAUUAUCUACACAACCAUUGCAACCCUCCCAUAGUUCAUUGUGAUCUGAAGCCUAGCAAUGUCCUCCUAGAUGAUGUCAUGGGCGCAUGUGUUGGUGACUUCGGGUUAGCUAAGUUGCUUCAUAUUUAUCCUACAGUGAAUAACAGUUCAACAAGUUUAUUUGGACCAAGAGGAUCAGUCGGAUAUAUAGCACCAGAGUAUGGCAUCGGGAGAAAGAUUUCAACCAAGGGUGAUAUCUACAGUUAUGGAAUUAUGGUAUUAGAAAUGCUCACAGGAAAGUGUCCAACAGAUGAGAUGUUUAAAGAUGGUUUGAGCAUUCACAAAUUUGUGGAAAAAUCAUUUCCUCAAAAUAUUGGUGAUAUCAUAGAUCCGAACAUCAUUCCAAAUUUUGAAGAUGACGAUCUAGAAAGUAACUUAGAUCGUGGGAAUCAUGCAAUACCUGGCUUUUGGGGCUGCAUCAUGAAACUACUUAAGCUUGGUCUCUCAUGUUCACUGGAGUCACCAAAAGAUCGGCCAACAGCACAAGAUGUUUACUUCGAAGUAACAACUGUCAAAACAGCAUGUUCAGCACUAUCGGACUGAAAGAAAUUAUGGCUCCUAUCAUUUUGCUUCUGCAACUGCUCAUAAACUAAAAUUUGAAUUUUAGACCUUAA